AUGGGUAAAGAUGCUAGUUCAGCCCAUAACUACUCAACUCGGUGUUUUGAGAAUUUUAAAGAUGGCACCACUCAUAUCGACAAGGUGAUUGAGAAAUCAUCCGCAAAAACAAUUGCAGAUGCAAGACUAAGACUCAAAGUUACAAUUGAUUCCAUCAGGUGGUUAACAUUUCAGGCUUGUGCUUUUAGAGGCCAUGAUGAAUCUUCAGGAUCCAUAAACCAGGGAAAUUUCCUCGAACUAGUAAAGCUUCUGGCUUCUUACAAUAAGGAGGUGAAUGGUGUUGUCUUGGAUAAUGCUCCUGGAAAUGCAAAAUACAUUGCUCAUUCGGUUCAGCAGGAGAUUCUUGAUUUACUUUCUCGGAAGGUACAAAAAUCAAUUAGAGAAGAAAUUGGUAAUAGCAAAUUUUGUAUAAUGGUUGAUGAAGCCCGUGAUGAAUCUAAGAAGGAGCAAAUGGCAUUGGUACUGCGCUUUGUCAAUAAUGAAGGGAUUAUAAUGGAGCGUUUCCUUGAUGUCGUUCAUGUGAGUGACACUGCUGCAUUGACUCUCAAGCAGUCAAUUUACGCUGUUCUAGCGGAUAAUAAUUUAAGUGUGCAAGAUAUUAGAGGCCAAGGCUAUGACGGGGCAAGUAAUAUGCGAGGGGAGUGGAAUGGUCUGAAGGCUUUGAUUUUGAAGGAUUGCCCUUAUGCAUAUUACGUUCACUGUAUGGCUCAUCAACUACAAUUGGCUCUUGUUGCAGCAUCAAGAGAGGUACAUGAAGUGCAUAAUUUUUUUCAGCAUGCAAUUUUCAUUAUAAAUGUUGUUAGUGCAUCAUCUAAACGAAAUGAUGAGUUGCUAGCAAAUCAAGCAGCUGAAAUUGCACGUGAAAUUGAAUUGGGGGAUUUGGAUACUGGAAAAGGGGCAAAUCAGAUAGGAUCUUUACAGAGGCCAGGAGACACUAGAUGGAGUUCCCACUUUAAGUCAAUUCAGAGCUUGAAGAGGAUGUUUGGUGCUACAAUUUCUGUCUUGCGAAGUAUAGCAACCGACCGUUCGGUCUCAAGAUAUUCCCGAGGAGAUGCUGGAGGCGCGUUAAAGAUAAUCAUCUCUUUUGAUUUUGUAUUUAUUAUGCACCUCAUGGAGAAAAUUAUGAAAAUCACCGAUGUCUUGUGUCAGACACUCCAGAGGAAGUCAUUGGAUAUUUUAAAUGCAUUAGAAUCAGUUUCAAACACAAAAAUACUAUUGGGUAAUCUGAGAGAAGAUGGUUGGGAACCUCUUUUAGUGGAGGUUAACGCUUUUUGUGUGAAACAUGAAAUUGAGAUCCCUGAUAUGACUCUCAAGUAUGUUGAUGUUACUAAGUCUCGGAACAAACAUGAUAACACCACAAUGAAUCAUCAUUAUAAAGCAGAUGUGUUCAAUGUGGCGGUUGAUCAACAAUUGGUUGAGCUAAAUGAGCGAUUUGGUGUUCAAACUACAGAGCUUCUUACACUUUGUGCAUCAUUGGAUCCAAGACAUGAGUCAUUUGACAUGUCAAAGAUUUGCACGCUUGCAGAAAAAUUCUAUCCGGCAGAUUUUUCUAAUCAAGAACGGGCUCAGUUGGAGUCAGAACUUCCACAUUUCCAGUUAGAUGUUUGCAACCAUCCAGACCUGAAGUCGUUGCCAUCACUUGCUGAUUUGACAGCCGGACUAGUCAAGACGGGUAAAGUUUCUAUGUAUUCAAUGGUUGAUAGGUUGUUGCGUUUGGUCAUCACUCUCCCAGUGUCAACUGCAACCACAGAGCGAGCAUUUUCAGCAAUGAAGCUUAUCAAGACACGUCUUCGAAAUAAAAUGGGUGACGACUUUCUUCGGCACUACAUGGUGGUAUAUAUUGGAAAAGACAUAGCUGCAAAAAUUGAUGUUAAUGAGAUUAUUGAUUUGUUUGAUAGGCCCGGUCGUAGAUCCACAUUCAAACUAGUAGAAAUGUAG